AAAAACUCCCACCGCCAUGGAUGUACAACAAGUCUUCCACAUGACUGGGGGAGUUGGCGAGACCAGCUAUGCUAACAAUUCUUCGCUUCAGAAGAAGGCCUCUGACAUGGUGAAGCACAUAACACUAGAGACGAUUCAAGAGCUCUAUCUCACUACAACUCCGAAGACCUUAUGCUUAGCAGACUUGGGUUGCUCUUCCGGACAAAACACCUUAUCAAUCAUACAAUCAAUUGUUGACAAAAUUGAAGGAACUUGCUGUAAAACCUUGCGAAAACCGGCACCGGAGUUUCGAGUGUACCUAAAUGACCUUCCGACUAACGAUUUCAACACAAUCUUUAAGGCUUUGCCAGAUUUCUAUAAGGGGUUGAGGCGAGGAAGAAGCUAUGGGGGCCCAUCUGUGUACGUUGCUGGUUAUCCUGGUACUUUUUAUGGAAGACUUUUUCCAGACAAGUGCUUGCACUUCAUCUACUCAUCCUAUAGUUUGCACUGGCUCUCCAGGGUGCCUCCAGCUCUUUAUGACGAGCAAGGGAGGUCAAUAAACAAAAGCAACAUUUACAUAUCCGAAUCCAGUCCUCCACAGGUCACCCAAGCAUAUUUUAGCCAAUUCCAAGAGGAUUUCCCUUUGUUCCUUCGAUCGCGAUCUAAAGAGCUAAUCAGUGGAGGACAAAUGGUGCUGAUCUUGUUGGGAAGAAGAGGUCCAAAUCACGUCGAUAGAGGCAAUGCAUUCUUAUGGGAACUGCUAUCUCGAUCCUUCGCCAUUUUAGUUUCUCAGGGAGAAAUUGAGCAGGAAAAACUUGAUUCUUAUGAAGUUCAUUUCUAUGCACCAUCCAAAGAUGAAUUAGAAGAUGAAGUGAGAAGAGAGGGAUCUUUUAAAGUGGACCGGUUUGAGAUGUUUGAAAUAGAAAGUGAUGUUGAGCAUGGUUUGAGCUAUGGAAUGACUGUUGCAAUGACGGUCAGGGCCAUCCAAGAAUCAAUGAUUUGCCACCAUUUCGGGGAAGGUGUCUUGGACAAUUUGUUUGAGCAUUAUGGAAGAUUGGUGGAUGAAGAAAUGGCUAUGCAAGAGAUCAAACCAAUAACUUUUGUUGUUGUCCUUAGAAACUUAUGAUCAUAAAAACACUAAUCAGUAGUAAAUUGUAUUAUGUAGAUAUAUCUAUGUGUAUUUUGAUAUUGUCAUUGGAUGAAAGUAAUUUCUGCAAAAUUGUGUGAUUGGAACCUAUUCUGAAAUGCAAUAUUAGUUUCUGCAAAAACUUGAAAAUAUUUCGGGG